CGUUCCAACAUGGCGGCCCUUUGUAUGGAGCUGCUGCGAAACUAGUUGAAUACAUGUGAAAUAAGCAAUACAUUUUCAACGAAUAGUACCCUUAUUUGAUUGAAAUAGCGUAUUUCGCAACUACGGAGCCGUGGACACAAAAAUGACUUUCACAAUUUGAGUUAUGCUUAAAAACGUACUUUGGUGUCGUUUUAACAUGCUAGCAUUUGAGCUACGUUAACGUUAGCGAACGGUAGCAAAGACUGAAUACUGGUCUUGCUUUAAAAUCAAGAUCGCUUUCUCUUUUACGUUAAAGCAAUGUUGGGGUUUCUGACAGCAAGGCAGGCUGGUCUGGACGACCCUCUGCGACUGAGACGUGCAGAGUCAACGAGAAGGGUCCUGAGUCUCACGUUGAAUCCUGACAGAGAGGUGGACAGAAUCCAUGGAAACGGCAUCAACACCAUCGACAUUGAAGUAAUAGAAGGCAGAUACAUGUUGUCUGGUGGAGCGGACGGAGUGAUCGUCAUCUAUGACCUGGAGAACUACAGUGGGAAACUACAGUACGCCUGCAAGGCAGUUUGCACAGUAGGCAGGUCGAAUCGGUAUGUCCACAAGUUCAGCGUAGAGACGGUCCAGUGGUAUCCUUAUGACACGGGCAUGUUUGUCUCCAGUUCCUUUGACAAGACCAUGAAAGUCUGGGACACUGAGACCCUGAAGCCUGCUGAAGUCUUUGAGUUUGAGGGCAACGUCUACAGCCACCACCUGUCCCCCAUCGCCAGGAAGCACAGUCUCAUCGCAGUCGGCACCAAAGAACCCAAAAUCCAGCUGUGUGACCUGAAGUCUGGGUCACGGAUUCAUGUUCUUCAGGGUCACAGAGCAGAGGUCCUGUCUGUGCGCUGGUCGCCCAGAUACGAGCACAUCUUAGCAACUGCCAGUGCAGACAGCAAAGUCAAAGUAUGGGAUGUGCGCCGGGCCUCUGGUUGUCUCUUCACACUGGAUCAGCACAACGGAGACAAGUCAAAAGGCGCCUCUGAGGCAGUGAACACGGCUCAUAAUGGCAGAGUGAACGGCCUGUGCUUCACUGGCGAUGGCCUCUACCUCCUCACCACGGGAACCGAUGACCGGAUGCGACUAUGGAAUAGUGCUACCGGGGAAAACACGCUGGUGAAUUACGGGAAGGUGUCCAACGAGAGUCGUAAAAAGCUACAGUUCACAGUGUCGCGUGGCAGCAGCCCGGAGUUGGUGUUUGUGCCGUGCGAGAGCUCGGUGGCCGCGUACGCCCUCCACACGGGAGAGCUGGUCGCUAUGCUCAGGGGUCACUACAACAACGUGGACUGCUGCGAGUUCCACCCGGACUACCAGGAGCUGUAUAGUGGAGGUAAAGACUGUAAUAUCCUGGCGUGGAUUCCUGCCCUUCGUGCCUCAGAUGUGGAGGAAGAGUCAAAAAGUGCAAAUCAGGCUGCUGCGGACCAGACUACAGUGAACACCGCCUUUCAGGACGCAUGGAGCAGCGAUGAAGAUUAAUGCUGGCGUUUUGUAUGUGUGGACAAAGUGGUGUGACCAUGCAAAUGAGCACGCUUCCUUUCACCAUGAACUUGUGAAUAAGUGACCGGUUGAUUAUGGUCCUGGGACACCUGUGAGGAUAUUUAUGGUUUUAAUGGAAAUGUCUCCUGUUUCGUCAUAGCAGACAAAGAUGAAGGCCCUAAAAUGACAAGGAGUGUAAAUAAUUGUACGACUUUAUAUAUGCACAAUGUAAUGAAUAAUGGGGUUUUUUUUGGUACAUUUUAUAUUGCAUUGUUUUCCUUUUUUUAAAUUUAAAUGUAAAGCCAACGUGGUCCUUGGUGUGCAGAGUAAGUUUGAUAGUCUUCACGUGGGAGUAACCAGGCCUUCAGGAAACAGCCAUUGUCUUGUUCUCAUUUGCAUAUGUUUACAAGCUGUGCUUACUGAAACUAGAGUGAUAGUGAAACCUUUCCCUCUGACCCACCCUCCUCAUAGCUUUACAUAUUGCCUUGGUUACCAUGAGGACACCUUGAACCCAAAUUAGCUUUAAUACCGACCCCUCCAAAAAUAAAAAGCCACUUGUAAUGAAAACACAUCAACUUUGUUAUCCUUUGUGAUCGACCAUGACUCCUUGCAUCUCAGUCCAGGGAUUUUAAAUCAUGAAAACACUACUUGUAUCCAAGAUACUAUUUCUAUCGCUAUCAUCACAUAAUGUGUCAGUCAGCUCUCUUUUCACCAAAUUACCUGAAAUGUGUUGAUUGUACAAGUUUUGAUCAUGUAUGUCUUCCAAUAAACUGGGAAUGCCACCA